GGAGUUGCUGCGCUUUGACGGUGUGCGUGCAGUGUCUUAUGAAUGACAGCCGCUUUUACAGGUUAUGUGACAUUGUGGAGCUGCAGGGCACCUCAACACCGAAAGUGACUUACGUUAAACUGUCUGGACUCGCGGACGGAGAAGGCAGGUGAAGGUGGUCGCCAGAUGAGAUGCGCCCCGGCUGCUGGUUUUACGCAGAGGAGAUCGAGGCGCACGGUUCUGCUCUCUGAGAGGUUACAGCCUGGUCUCAUGUUAGCUCCGUGGCUCUGCGUUGGCUUUAAAUUGGCAACCUGUGUGUGAAAACCAGUCCGAUCAGCUGAGGAGAGGGCAGAUCACAACAUUUUUUCUAAAUAUCUACCUUUACAAGUAGACCUGCUGACUUACCUCCAAAGUUUUCAGGUGACUUUUCCUGCGCAUGAUGUACACUAUUACAAAAGGUCCCAGCAAACUGGUUACCCAGCGACGUACAGGGCCCAGUCAGCAGAUUGACAACAAAAUAAACGACUUCAAGCACAAGCAAACGUCUUGGAGUAUGCCUGACCUCCCUGCACCCAAGAUUGUUUUCAACCGUCCUAAUGGUAAGAAGUACCAUCACCCUGCUCCGGCUCGCCCCACAGACAACCAGCAGGAAGAGAGCUUCACUGCAGCACACGAGGAAAACGUCAAAUUUCUCUAUGAGGGUUGGCAGGAGGUGGCGCAGCAGGAGCACGGGCCGGAGGAGGCCCCCAGAGCUGUCGACUAUAAAGAAACCACUCCCAGCCCAAGCAUGGACAACUUUGUGCCCAUAGAUCUAGAUGAAUGGUGGGCCAAGCGUUUCUUAGCCAAUAUAGACAAGUUAUCCUGACACUCUUCUGGGACUCCUGGAUCUCGACGGACGGUCAGGAGUUGAGACCUGAAGCAGGAUAGCGCACAGAGGACGGGAAGCCCGACCAGGUGGAGGUGUGAUGGGUUAAAAUGCCAUGAUGUGAUUUGAAUAGAUGGACAGCGCUGGGACGCUAACAAACAAACAAACCACAGAGAAUCACAUCACUUGAACUCGACAAUCCAUCCAACUCUCAGUAUUCAGUCUGUGACAGGCUGGACGCUGAGCGAAGACAUCUUGAAUCUCUCAUUUUACUACUUCUCACAACAGAGAUGUCAUGUUACUUUGAAAUGCAGUAAAAUUGUAUUUUCAAGAA